GUAUAUAUCGUCACAUCUGUAAGGGUCGUACACACCUUCCGUCAGUACAACAGGCGGCAUGAUGUGGCGUCUCGUCCUGUUUGUGACCGCUCUCGGCUGGUCAGGUUACUCACAAGGUGAACAGGAAUAUCUCACCACCCUUGAAAAAUGGGACCUUUUUAAGGUUCGCGCUUCAGGACCGAUGACAAACGCGAAUGUCCAAGCUGCUUGCGAAGCUGAAGGUCUCUGGCACCCGUGUUACUACACCGGCCACGGGACGUGUACCGGCGUCUGGACGUCAGAGUGCGUCAAACUGGACGGUUCUGACGGCGGCAGCUGCCGGACCCUGAGCGUUCUCUCCAACUCGCUGUGCGGGACUGUGAACGCGCACGAGUGUAAGGCUCUUGAUGACACCUUCGUGUACCAGCCCGGCUCACAGAGCGCGUACGGGGUGGACUACGACACGGGCCACUGGGGCAUGGAGGGGGCCAACCACACCGACAAGUACGCUCUCUGCGCAGGUAAACAAGAGUACCUGACCACCUGGGAUGGGCUGACUUUCUACAAAGUUCGUGUAAAAGGCGAGAUGACGAAUACAAACCUGGUGGCGACAUGUGAACUGUCGGGGAUGAGCUACCCCUGUCACGGCACAGGUCUGGGUACAUGUACGUCCCACUGGUCAUCUGACUGUCUCCGCUUCAGCCACACCGGCAGUUCCUGUCAGAACACCCUGACUUUCCUCUCCUCACGACUGUGUGGCACCACAACCGCCUACCGCUGCCCGGCUCUGCAAAACACGUAUGUGAAAUAUCCUUCUGGCUACCACGAUAGCACCUACGGCGUGACAACGAGUGGCUGGGAUUCUAGUGGAUACAGGAGUAGCGACCGGUACGCCGUAUGUGCAGCCCAGCACUGUGAUAUCUCCCCAUGUCUCCACGGGACCUGUGUGCAGGCCCUGAAGAACCACACCUGUGUGUGUGACGCCGGAUGGAGUGGAGAGUACUGUGAUACAUUGACAGACAUCUGUAGCAGCAAUCCUUGUCUGUCCGGGGGGACCUGUGUGACUGAGGAGACCGGCUACAGCUGCACCUGUCCUCCACAUACAACCGGAAACAACUGUGAAACAGUCCUCCAUACCGACAAGUGUUACCGGAUCUCUGCCGACCGCCUGCCCAACCAGGAGGCCACCAUGGCGUGCGAGGACAUCCACGGUCACCUCGUCAAAAUUAACGACCCCGUGGACCAGCAGGUGCUGGCCGGCUACCUGGACACUGGGCGGAACGUGUCGUUCUGGACUUCAAACAAGAUCUCUACCAUGUCUCUGUGCACAUGCGCGGAUGGAGCACCCCUUUCCGCGACGUCACCCUGGAUGUACUCGGCUGCGGACCAAGACAUGUGCGUUCUGCUCGACAGCGAGGCGGGCUACACGGGAACCUACCAGCCAUGCGCGGAGGAACACAACUACGUCUGCCAGUCAGAGGCUGUGACAUGUCAAAUCAACGAGUGUCAAAAUGGAGGAAACUGCUCGUCUUGUUUCGGUGAUUCCAGCGUGUUCUGCGACUGUCCCCAAGGGUUCACCGGUACCUUCUGUGAAACAGUUGACUGGUGCGACCCAAACCCAUGUCCGUUAGACUGGGCAUGCGUGAACCAAAAUGGUGGAAUCUACUGUGCAGUACCAUCCCGAGAGAGAACCAGUAGUUCGAGUUUCUGUGCCGCGGCUCCCUGUGGUCCAGGUCUGACCUGUAAGGAAGAUGAUACAGCUGGAUACUUCUGUCUUAGUGGCUGACAUGUCAUCAUAGUCCUCAUUGCCUUGCCCUCGGUACAGAAAUUGCUAGAGAAAAGUGUAACACCCUAAACACCAACUACUUGACUGAAAAGUUACUUGUAAUGGAAGAAGACAAAAUUGAAUAAAGAUG